AAGAGUGAGUGAGGGAGAUAUGUUGUCGGUUUCUUGUCGUCGACAUUGAUGAUUUUCCUUUUUUUUUUUUUUGGUGUGUGACAAAGGGGAUUCACGAAGAAAAAAAAAUACAGCAAAAAAUCAACGAAAGACGGGACGGACACGAGUACAAAGACACAGCGCCAGAACACACUAAGGAAGAGCGUAUUUUUAAACCCACACAUAGCUUUAGUCAUACAUACAUACAUCCACACACACCUUGACAUAAACGUACACGUACAAUAGACAUGUACUUACGUAAGAAGUAAAACGAAAAGUACACCGGGUUUAAAAUACGGAAAACCUCUAUACAAAGCUUUUACACACACACAAACAAAUACGUGUGUUUGUUAGAGCUAUAGUUUGCCUUCGUGUGUAAACGUAAAAAGUACAUCACAUCGCCCUUAACAAACAUUAAGAAAAACGUCAAGUUGAGGGACGGUGGUACGGACGCGAAACCUCAGACAAUGGAAAAGAAAAGAGAACAAGAGAGAUUAAUUGAUAGAUAGAUAGAUGAAUAGAUAGAUAGAGUUUUCAGUGCCAAGCAAACUUUUUUUCAUCUCCAAAAACGUUUCACCAUCCAUUGCUUUAACAGUCGCCAUAAAAAGCAUCACCUUUGUUACCCUCACCAUCGUUGUCUUAUUCAUUCUCCUAGGUGUGUCCGACAAAAGCAAUGAAAUAGUUUCUGCGAGAGCGACCGAAAGAAAACAAAAACCCAAACUAACAAGGAACCUCCUCUUCUCUCUUUGGAGGGCCGAACAACCGCGAAAGAUCUAUGUGAUCCUCCCUCAAAGAAACAAAGGACCAAAGCGAUCUUGAAAAGCACCAAAAUCACUCUUAAACUGCAACGGAGCAAGGGAUCCUUCUUUUUCUCUCUCCUCCACACCAUUAGAAAGCGAUGAAAUGAAACUAGCAAGACAAGUAAAGUUCAGGACAUUCAGAAAGGACACUACGCUGUACUAAACAGCUGAACCAACAACUAAAUAUUACCAAGUUAUUGGUCCAACAUCAGCGCGGGUUUCUAUCUUCAAAUCCCCCUGUAUUUUAUUUAUUUAUCAAUCUGUUGUUUUUUUUUUUUAUUUUAUCCUCGUACUUUCUUGUUAUUUUGUUUCAUUUCCUUCUAUUUGAUUAUUUUCUUUCCCCUUUGACCUCAUAAAGUAGUAGGAGGAAAAAAAAACAAAAAAACAAAAACUGCAUCUUUAUUUAUUCACGUUCAUCUGUCCGUGGGCUUUAUCGUCAUCUGACUGGCAUCGUUAUCAAUGGGUCCUGUUGAUAGCCAGCAAACGGAGUCAACCGAGACGCCUUCAGAGAAACCACCCAUUGAUGAAUCCACUACAGUCAACACAAUCCCUUCUAAGACAUCGGUUUCUUCGAAUCAGGAAUCCGCCGGCUUCUGUAGUGACUGUGUGCUCAAAUGUUACCUGUUCACUGCCAACACACGGCUUGCCAUUCUGAACGCUAUUGAGGCGAACUUCUACAAACUUGGUUGUUUCGCUGGCAGAAAGCCAUACGUAUUUAUCAUAAGUGGUUUAUUGCUUACUUUUUUGUCCUUUGGCAUGUUGCUUCGGAAGGAGAGUGAGAAGAGACAAGAGUGGAUACCAAAGUCUGAGUUGUCGUUUAGCACAGAUACUUUUUGGAUAAGAAAAUGGAACCAACUACAGGAAUAUAGGGCUGAUAAUCUACAGUCCGAUGAAGUAAGAAUCAUUGUCAUAGACGAUGAGUUAUUGUCCCCACAGAGCCUGCUCAAGAUGUAUCAGCUUCAUGAGAUGGUCUUGGACUUAAAUUCAACAAACAUGCAUUUAAGAGAGUACUGUAGAUGGGGACUUUGUCGGGCUGAAUCCUUACUUCAGUUUUGGAAUUACUCUGAGCCAUUAAUAAAGAAACAAACCCGCGACCAGAUCUUAGAAGCUGUCAAUGACUAUGACCACAAACACAAUGAUUUAGAUCAUUUUCUUACAAGCAUUAAAAGAAAUGAUUCAGGUUAUAUAACAGGCGCCAAAGUUACAAAGAUGAAAUGGAAGUUUCCGUAUUCUGAUUAUGCUUGGAAGUGGCAAAUAGAAUUUUCAAACACUUUCAAGACCAAUCCAACAGACUUCAAAGAACUGUAUGCUUACUGCUUUUAUGAUUUCACCCAAUAUGGUACUGGAUUUGAAGAAGAUGCCCUGCUGGUGUUUAUUGGCUACAGUAUUAUGGGCGUUUACAUCAUAAUCUGUCUUGGCAAAUGUAACCUCGUUGAGCAAAAGUUAGGUUUGGCUUUUGUCGGCAUCAUGUGUGUUGCAAUUGGUUACUUUGUUACUCUUGGACUUGGUGGUAUAUUCAACAUCACUUACGGAGCAUUAAAUAGGGUUUUAGCCCUCCUGCUACUUGGAAUUGGUAUAGAUGACAUGUUUGUGAUUCUUGGAGCACUAAACAACCUCUCGAAAUUGGAAAAAGAGCGUCCUGUACCUGAACAAAUCGGUCUCAUUAUGAAGCAUGCAGGCGUAUCAAUCACUAUCACAACAUUGAGUGACAUUACUGCUUUUGCAAUUGGAGCCACUUCGGCAUUUCCAGGUCUACGGACAUUUUGCCUUUACAACUGCAUUGGAAUUCUGAGCAUCUAUAUAAUGCAAAUUACAUUCUUUGCAAGUUGCAUGUCUCUUGAUUUACGGCGAGUUUUAGACCACCGAGAUGGGUUGUUCUGCUGCUACAAACACACUGACUACACACCAAAUAAAUGGAGUGAGAAGGAAAUACUGAAAAUAAUUUUCUACAAGGCUGCAAAGAAUUAUCUUAGUAAAAAACCUGUUAAGAUUUUUGUUAUUAUUUUGACAUUUCUGAUACUGGCCGUCUGCGCUUGGAAUGUAUCGAAACUAGAGACAGACACCAGCUGGCAACGCGUCAUGUAUGCGACUAAUACUCCAUACUAUCGUUACUUUGUGAUCGAUGAAAAAUAUUUCUCAACAAAUAAAGUUGAUGUUUACUGUACUUACCUUACCUAUAGUGUGGAUCAAAGUGAUUAUCAAAAGAUGGCAUAUGAUCUGUCUCAGAGUCCUUAUGUAUUGAAAGGUUACACAGCCAACUGGUUGACAGCAUUUCUUCAUUGGUGUCAAGAACGAAAUUUCAAUGUAUCUGUGUCUGAGGCUAAUCCUAAUUAUUUUGAUGUGUCCCUUGAUGACUUUGAUUUGAUGCUAGAGAGAUUUUGGUUGUCUAAAGAAGGAACACCUUACCGCAUAUAUAUAGACCAUCAGGUGCAUUACAGUUGCUUGCUCGAAGUCCCGAAACACAUUUUGUGUUCAGAGAAUUUCUGUCAAUCUCCGUUCUUUAAGUCUGAUGAAGAAAUAAGUGGCUGCAAAGUCAGAAUGAAGGCAGAAACAUUUGUACCCAAUUGCAACUGCACUUCCUCUAUUACAUUGGAUUGUCUCUGCGAAACACCAAGCUGCCUUGACGAAGACCCCCAAAAUACAAGAAUGUUAUUCACCAUGACUUGCACCAUAGAUCGAAGACGCUGCCGGAUAAACACCACAAACAUUCCCUUCAGCAAUAUGAACUGUUUCAAUAAAGUAAUAUACUACCCGGUGACUAAACUGUCCAUGAGAAUAAAAGAGAUGAGUAAAAAUUCACAAAGAAUGGACAUUAUGAAAGAGUUGGAGGGUCGAGUUGCAAAAUACUUCAAUCAGACAAAUUGCUUAGUUUUUUCUAAACACUAUCUUGAGUGGCGAAUUAAUUCGGUACUGGAAUGGGAAAUCAAAAGGAACUUGUCUUUGGCAUUUCUAUCAGUGUUUGUCAUCACGUUCAUGAUGAUAAUGAACUGGAAGACAUCAUUAUUGGUGGUCACUGGUGUUAUUUUCACUUUGGUGGACAUUAGUGGAUCACUGAACUUAUGGGGUCUCUACAUUGACACAACAUCCUGUGUCAUUGUAACCAUUUCUGUUGGUCUGGUGGUUGACUAUUCUGUCCAUAUUGGUUUUACUUACAUGACAAUGAAGGGAAAAAAUAAUGAUCGAAUGAUUAUAACCAUGAAAGAAAUAGGCCCCCCUGUAUUCCAUGGUGGUUUUAGCACCUUCAUUGCUGUGAUGCCCCUGUCUAUGGGUUCUACUUACCCCUUCCGGACGUUUUUUAAGAUAUUCCUGCUUGUUGUCAUGUUCGGUCUCUUUCAUGGCAUCGUAUUUCUGCCGGUGUUAUUAAGUAUCUUUGCUCCUCCGUCCUACCCCUCAGCGAAAAAUGUGAAAGUGCGGAAAUUCAGUAAAAUCAAGUCAGUUUUUUCUAGCAGAAAAUCUGGGAUCAAUAAUGUGGGACUGGACCUUCACAACGAGUUUGGCACACAAGAUACAAUCAGAGAUGUGUACAAGACUGAUUACAACACACCCUACCAUAUUUCUAGCAAUGAACUUGAUGGAACAGGUUUGUCACCAACAUUCCUGCCAUUGGAAAAGAACUUUGACUCUACUCAAAAUGGAACUAAACCUAACAAAAAUGGUAAAAGCGAAUAACCACAAUGGUCACGAUGGUGGCAUUGAUCGUGACAUUGACAGUAGUGGUAGUAGUAAUAAUAAUAAUGAUGCCGGCGGUGGUGGUGGUGGUGGUGGUGGUGGUGGUUGUGGUUGUGGUGAUUUGCAAGCGAAAGAGAAGACAGCGAAAAACAUAACAAUCAUAAUAAUUAUAAUAAAACAAAUUUGAGACAAUUUUCUAUAGAACUUU